AUGACGGCGCGGGGCCUCCUCCUCCUCGCGACCUGGGCGCGCGCCGAGUGGUGCGCCGUCCAGAUCGCCAACGUCUUCGGCGACGCGCCGCUCAGCGUCGAGUGGCGCCUCGACGCGGCGCCGGACGUCGUGGCGGCGGCGGCGGCGGCCGUCGUCGACGAGCUGCCCGCGUCUGCAUGGCCGGCCGCCGUGGAGGCGGCGGUCCGGUCCACGAUGGCGGCGCACCGCGCCAACGGCUGCGCCGGGUCGCCGGCGCCGCGGUGCGUCUUCGACGCCGCGGCCGAUCGCUGCGGCGGCGUCGCGGAGAAUCUCGCGGCCGCGGCGCCCUACGCGGCGACGAAUCUCACGGAGACCCUCGCCCUGGCCUGCGCGAACUGCGACGUCGCGUGCGGCGGCGGCGUCGGCUGCGCGCUCAAGGCCGCGCUCGGUGCCCGCGGUGGCGCCGUCGACACCGCGCCCCUCGGCGCGCCCGCCGUCGAGGGCUACGACGCCUCCGUCCGACUGGGCACGACGGGCUUCGACCACAACGAGGCCUGGCUCGUCCACCUCGUCCUCGCGGCGAAAGCGCCCCUCUGCGCGGCGGCGGGCGCCGACAUCUCCCGCCUCGCCUUCAACCGCCACGCGUUCGCCUUCGGCGCGGGGUACGAUGGCGUCCUGGAGGUCGCGCCGACGUAA